ACUGAUGCGCCGGGAACAGCAGGCAGGUCUGAGCCACUCGUUUCUUGCUUUCUUGCUGCACUCUCCUGCUGCAUCAUUUGGACCACCAUCGUUAGCUUUACAACCUAGAUUUAGCGUAUAUUCUACCUCUGGGGCAUAUUUAUGACUGAUCUACUAGUCUUGGGAGCUACCGGUGCAUGCAACUUCAUCUGCUUUACCGGUCGGCUUAUAACUGAACACCUCUAUAGCCAUCCAGAACGAUCUUCAUUUACCCUGGGACUUGCAGGUCGCUCGCGUACGAAACUCACACAACUCAAGCAAUCACUUGGUCUCGAUGACAGCGUCAAACUAUUCGAAGUCGAUGUCACAAACAACGAUCAACUGGAACAGGUCGUCAAGUCUGCGAAAGUGGUCAUCAACACUAUAGGUCCAUUCUCAAAAUGGGGCACUCCCGUCAUUCGAAUAUGUGCAUUGAAUGGUAUUCAUUAUGUCGACCUGAGUGGCGAGAUAGAUUGGAUACGUGAUAUCAUCGAAAUUUAUGACUACCUUGCGACCAAGACACAUACUAUCAUUAUUCCGUCUUCGGGAAUGGAUGCGAUACCAUCUGACCUUGCCGUUCAUCUGUCCAACAAGACUCUUAAAGCCCUUGUCAGCCCCGAUACAAGUAUCGACACCAGCAUGAGCGCAUACAGGAUGCACGGGGGCAUCUCUGGCGGUUCCAUCUCGACAAUGAUCACAAAUAUCGAGGAGGUCCCGAGAUGGAAACGGCGUGUCGCUAUGUCCGACUUUGUACUUAGUAACGUCACAGGUGUCCCUCAACCAAAACCUCGCCUAUCUUACACUCUUCCCUUUUCUAAUCCCCCAGUGUAUGGCGGUAUAGUCCCCAUGGGUCCCGCCAACCGUUCCAUCAUCCAGCGUACAUGGGGUCUGCACCAAUAUGAAGCGUCGCAAAAACCGGGACAGAAGGUGUUGACUUAUGGGCCACAAUUCAAGUAUGACGAGUUCAUGAUUACGAAGAGCAAGACAACUGGAGCCUUGAUGUCGAUUGGCUUGGUCUUUGGGAUGUUGAGUCUGAUGAUCACUCCUAUUCGGUGGCUAGUCAAGAAGUUCGCUCCUCAGCCGGGCGAAGGACCUUCGCCGGAACUGCAAAAGAAUGGCUUCCUGGAAUUGAUCAACGUUACUUCAUCUGUCCCAACCGCCACACAGCCGCAACGGCACGUUCGUACCACCAUCAAAGGGCAAGGUGACCCAGGGUACUCACUCACCGCAGUGAUGAUAUCCGAAAGUGCACUCUCCAUCCUCCUACACCACGACGAACUGCCCUCACUAGCACAAGAAGGCGGUAUCUUGACUCCGAUGUCUGCCCUUGGAGACGUCCUUGUGAGGAGGCUGGAAAAGAGUGGUCGAUUCCAGUUUGAAAGUGAAAUAAUCAUUGGAAAGGAUGUGGAGGGUAGAAAGCGUCGGUGAGAGACGUAGCUCAUACUCAAAGCGUGAUUGAGCGGUGUGUACAACGACUAAGCGGCAAUCGUGGAUUCUGUAUUUACCAUUGCUAUCCAUCUACAGUCCUCUUCCCACCACUCGGACAUUUAUUUGACUGUUUUGUUAAGUUCAUGCAUCUUGCUUUACGAUACCCCCUGACCCUGAGGGGCCCACGGAGAACUUCUUGAUUUUAUUCCAUUAGGCUAGUGCUUUUGUAAUUGUAACGCUUGCUCCUUUGUGAUCGGUUGCUACCCGGGAGCCUUGCAACAGAGGCUGGGUUUCAAGUCGAAAGAUUUCCGCGUUACGGGAGAUAACAAGUAUAGACCUUGCACGCCCAUGUGGACUGGGCAUUCAUGGGUUAGGGGAGCGUGGCAUAUGGACUCCACCUGCGUUACUUCACUUCAAUUUCAAUGCUUUGCUAGUGGUUCGUAUGUUGAGAGAACCAAAUCCUCCGAUUAUUGC